GGAAAAACAAAUUAAGUAUAUGUAUAUAUGUAUAGGAAUACUCUGCUGCCGUAGGCCCAUCUAAACUGGCCCACACUCACGGUUCACCAGGCAGCAGCCCACCAGGAACAUCACGGAGGCACCCAGAGUGGACGGACAGAUCAGACGCGUAUAGACUCCAGAGUUGCAAGCGCUGAGCGCUGCGCGCGGCCGCCGCAGGGCGCUGCACAUCGCUGCCGGCGCCGCGGCCGCCACUCCGGUCCGGAAUCCGCGUCUACGCGCUAGACUGCGGCAGUGCCCAGUCUUACUCCUCCGGUCCUCCCUUCCUUGCGACACACCUGCCGUAGUUGCGCUCGACUGCCGGCACUCCGGCAGUGCCUCCCGGUCUUCCCCUGCGGCGGUGCGGCCACGGAGCACGAACGCUCUUCCUCCCGGUCUGACGAGCAGUGGAGCUGCAGAUCAAACGGUGAGCGUUGGAGGUAGCAAAAAGAUUAGAGAUAAGAGGUUGUGUAAUAAGCUGUGAGAAUGAAUGAUAAAAAAAAAAGCUGUGAGAAUGAAGAAGAAAUCUAUUGAUCUAAAAUCAAUGUGGGAAAGAGCUGCGAAGACAAGGAAGUUAACUUCCCCUUCCACAUUGACACCACAGCCUAUUACUAUUGGGAGUCAAGUUGAGGCAGAUGCUAAUCAAAGCUCACCUUCUGUCCAUCCUGAGAUGCAAACUAGUGACUCGCAGAAUCAGAUAGCAAGAGAAAUUGAAAUGCCUGAGCAUAUUGAAACAGUGGUUGCUAGCAAUGAACCUAUGCCAGCAAUCAUAGAGGAGUCACAAUCUUCAGAAGAUCAGCCUACCCAUUUGUCCCCUAUCAGAGAUGGUGAUGAACCAGAGUAUGAAUCAAAUGAUGAAGCUAUUUAUGAUAUUGAAUAUCUUAUUCGUGAUCCGGGAAAGAGGGUUCCCAUCAAAUCCUAUGAUGUCAAUGAGCGUAACUCAGUGAUAAGAGGAUAUAUUGCAUUGGGGCCUUGUCAACCAUGGAGCCAUAAUUUUCCUAUAAGGAAUAUUGGAGGUAAACCUCGACGUUUCGUUGCUCAUUGGUUUGAUGAAUUUAGUUGGCUUGAAUAUUCCGUGGAACUAGAUGCUGCCUUUUGUUUUGUGUGCUAUUUAUUCAAGCAUAAAACCCAUUGUUUUGGUGGAGAUGCUUUUGUGAGUGGAGGAUUUAGGAAUUAGCAUAUGAAAAAGAGGAUUGAAUUACAUUGUGGUGAUGUGUCUAGUUAUCACAACGCAGCUCUUGAGAAAUAUCAUGCUUUCAGGACACCUAAAGCAACAAUUGUUGAAAACUUUGCUUCCACCACUAAAGUAGAUAAGGUUCAGUAUAUGUCACGAUUGACCUAUUCACUUAAGUGCUUGAAGUUUCUUUUGCGUCAAGGUCUGGCUUGUCGUGGGCAUGAUGAAAGUGAAGAUUCUCUGAAUAAGGGAAAUUUCCUUGAACUCUUAAAUUGGCUAGCUGAAAACUUUGAAGAAGUAGGCAAGGUUGUUCUGAAUAAUGCUCCAAAAAAUUGUAAAUUGACUGCCCCUAAAAUACAAAGAGACAUCAUCAAUUGUUGUGCCAAAGAAACAACCAACCUUAUCAUGGAAGACCUUGGUGGUGAGUGUUUUGCAAUACUUGCCGAUGAAUCUAGUGAUGUGUACCAAAAAGAACAGUUGGCUCUUUGUUUGCGCUAUGUUGACAAAAGAGGCAAGGUAGUUGAGAGGUUUCUUGGUGUUGUCCAUGUUGAAAAUACUACUUCUUCGACACUUAAAGCUGCAAUUCAGUCAUUGCUUAUGGAUCAUUCAUUAAGUUUGUCUAUGGUACGUGGACAAGGCUAUGAUGGGGCUAGCAACAUGAAGGGUUUAUGAUUGUUGAAACAACGAAGAACACCAAGUAUGAUAUUGUGUAUAAGCUUCUUAAAUUGGUGCUGAUACUUCCUGUAGCUACAGCUAGCGUUGAGAGGGUAUUUUCAUCAAUGAAUUAUGUGAAAAAUAA